AUGAAGUUCACUCUUCCAACCGCUGCCUUCGCCCUCUCCUUGCUCGGUGCUGCUGAUGCCGCCCGUAUUGAGACGUAUGUCACCACGGGAGUACAGAUUCCUAAUUAUAGCUCUGCUUACUUCGGUGACGAUGGCAAGAUGUACCCGCUUGGCGGUGGCUUCAGAGACGGAUGUCGAAAGACCAAGUAUGAUUGGGUCAAGGAGGUCUGCAUUGACGACGGCAAGCUGAGGGCGCACAUUGUGUAUUCGGGUGGCACGAAGAAGUGCUUCAGGCGAACUAAGGAUUCUUCAAAAGCCUGUGGUGGCAGUGAGGGAUGUUGGCUGGGCGUGUGCCCGAGGUGCUGGACGUAUGUCUACACUGAAGCAAAGUGUAACUGGUGA